ACUUGUUACCAUCAAUAGUAUUUAUACUCAAAUGCAAAACUAGAAAUUAGGGUUUAGAGACUUUCUCUCGCAGCUAUAUAGGGUUUCCUCCCAAUCAUUCUUCAUCGCCGUUUUCAUAAUCUGAAUCUCAUCAACAAAAUUCAAGAUGGAGUCACAGAUUAAGCAUGCUGUUGUUGUGAAAGUUAUGGGAAGAACUGGAUCAAGAGGACAGGUGACUCAGGUUAGAGUGAAGUUUUUGGAUGAUCAGAAUCGUCACAUCAUGAGGAAUGUGAAGGGACCAGUUAGGGAGGGAGAUAUUCUCACCCUACUCGAGUCUGAGAGAGAAGCAAGAAGACUCAGAUAGAUGAGUUACGAUAUUAUCUAAAUGUUUUGUUGCAAGUUUUAAUGAAGGAUUACUUGUUAUUUUUGAUAGUUAGUUUAUGGCAAUUGUUUGUGUUUAAGUUAAGUUAAAGAUGUUUUGUUUGUUUUGUGUCCUUGAGUAAAACUAUCUCACAACUUUGUAUUUUUUUCUAAUGAUUUAUUUACUGUAUUGAGACUA